CCGCGGGCCGCUCUUUUGGCCUGCCCGGCCGUCCUCCGGGCAGGCCGCCACCGUUUUGGAGUUCCUCCUCCCUGCACCCCUGUUUCUGCUCAGUGAGACCAGCUUGUGGGAAGGAGCGGCCUCCCACUCACUCACCAACCACUUGGCUGGCAGCACAGCAGACUCUGGGGCUGUCUUGGGUUCCGGGGGUGAUAGUCCAGCUUCUGGUCUACCAGAGGAAGAAGGAAGGCGUGUCCCCCAAAGGCCGUCCUUGCAGUAGCUGGAAGCCAGGUGAGGGCGGCUUCAACCACUUCUCAGUCUCUUCUAGUGCGAGCGCCUGCCUUGGCAUCUGCCCUUUGCUUGGCAUAUGCCAAACGUUUACCGGCCUUAAUUCACUGAAUCCUUACAGUAACCGCUCGAGAUGAGUAACGAAAGAGGCUUUGAAAAUGUAGAACUGGGAGUCAUAGGAAAAAAGAAGAAAGUCCCAAGGAGAGUCAUCCACUUUGUUAGUGGCGAAACGAUGGAAGAAUACAGCACAGAUGAAGAUGAAGUUGAUGGCCUGGAGAAGAAAGAUGUUUUGCCUUCUGUUGAUCCGACAAAACUUACCUGGGGCCCAUACUUAUGGUUUUACAUGCUUCGGGCUGCUACAUCAACUCUCUCAGUGUGUGACUUCCUUGGAGAGAAGAUUGCAUCUGUUUUGGGUAUCAGCACCCCAAAGUACCAAUAUGCCAUUGAUGAAUAUUAUCGGAUGAAGAAGGAGGAAGAAGAAGAAGAAGAAGAAAACAGGAUAUCUGAAGAAGCAGAAAGACAGUAUCAACAGAAUAAAUUGCAGACUGAUUCCAUUGUUCAGACAGAUCAACCAGAGACAGUGAUAUCCAGCUCAUUUGUGAAUGUCAAUUUUGAAAUGGAGGGAGACAGUGAAGUAAUUAUGGAAAGCAAGCAAAAUCCAGUCUCUGUCCCACCAUAAAAUGAAAUGACUAUCAAGCUUUAAACUCUUAAGUUUUUUUUUUAAUAUAGAAACUUUCACAUUCUUUAUUCAGUGGGACUUAAUACAAUUAUUUAUAUUUUAAAUUAUUAAAAUAUCUGGAAAGGGAAAAUGUUUCUUCAUUUUUAGAAUCUAUCUAGCAAAAGCCAGAUCUGAAAUUCAGAUAUUUGUACUGUUUUUACUGUGCAUAGAAUUAGUGAUUUGGUUUUAAAAUGAUCUUUUAAAAACAUUAAGGACAUCCUAGAGCCUUAAUAGUUAAGAAGAGUUAAAUUAUCAAGCCUGUCUAUUUGUACGUUUGCUUUUUUUAAAAAAGGUAAGUUGCUGCUUAAGUCUAAUUGUAACUGAUAAUUCCAUAGUCUUAGAUUAAAAUGAGGAUAUUUUCUUCUAGAUUUUCUCAUGUUAUGCCAUGCAUUUAUAUAUCUAACCAUUAAUUCACAUUAAGGAUGCUUCACCAUAUAAUAAAAGGAGAAAGAUGGAAGCA